AUGGAGGGACUUGUGUAUGGUGUGGCGGCGAUGAUCGUCAAGGACAUGCUUAAGACACCAUAUAUCAAGGGCCGUGACUACGAACGUAACGUGCGUCAAGUUUACCGAGAUGUCGACAACCUACAAAUCACCUUGGACCAGACCAAGACCAACUGUGAAGGCCAGUCCCUGAGUAAAUCUCACGCGGAUUUUGUAAAGAGGGCCGAGAAGCAGAAACGAGACGCCUACCGUAUCUUGCGCAAGAACUACCCACGCUACGCCAGCACGUCGCAGCGUUUCGAGUAUGCCUCGACACCGGGAGCCGAGAUGAACCUGCUCGACAUAGGCAAGGAGGCCAACCAGACAGCCAAAGGUCUGAACGACCUCCUUGCGGAGAUUCGAUUCGCCAAGAUAGGAGGAGACAAGGGAGGCGACAAGGACAAAAAUGACGAAGGUAAAGAGAAGCAAAAAGACAAGUCGCCAACGCGGCCUUCCCUAGACCUCUCCAGAGUCCAGUCUGGCGAAGCGCCGUCGAGAGGAUCAAGCAGCCCACGCAGUAUGUCCAGCCGCCACAGCAGUGUCUUCAGCCCUACACCAAUUCAGCCCACCGGCAUCUACAGUCCUCCAAGCAGCACCUCGAGUUUCUCAGAUCCCACACGGAGACACUCGACGUCGUCAUCCAGGCGCCGGAGCCAAAGCAACCACCUCGGCCACCACAAGCAAGAACUCCUCACACCGUCCUCAUGGCCCAAGACCAACCCCUUCGACACGAUAAUGGAGACGGGCCGCGAGCGCGAGCAGGCCCUCGACAACCUGCAGUACGGCAUCGACCAGGUCCUCAGCGCCGUCGACCAGGAGCACGAGUACGAGGCCAUGGUGUUCCUCGAGCACUCGCUCAAGGAGGUCCUGCGGCUGCAGCGGUCGCAGGGGUUCACGGGGUCCCAGAUGGGCGAGGACCUCGGCGACGCCGUCGACGAGCUCGACCUGGCCAUGCGGACCCUCGUCGCCGCCGAGAACGACAAGCACAAGGACCGCGCCCUCAAGGACCUCAGCUACGCGCUCGAGAGCGUCGACGUCGCGCUCUACGCGCGCAGGAAGCAGAAGGAGCAGAAGGAGCGGCUCGGCCACGAGCAUGCCAGCCCCGUCCGCGUCGGCAGCAAGCGGCGCGGGAGGGGCAGCACCGAGAGGAGCAGGCGCCAUUCGGUGCAGUCUGAGUACCGUCGAUAA